GUAUUACAUUCAAACACAGCGAUGGAUAUCACCAUAUUCUAUAUGGUGCAUAUGUCUGGUUAUAGUUGACUAAAAUAGUACUAAACAGAUUUGGAUUUAAUUUUUUGUUAGCAUGGCGAGCGGUGUUGAUAAUGAAUUAUUAGUGAAAAAUGAUGAGCUUUUGACUUUAGAUGCUCUUUUAGCAGAAGUUGAUACGGAAUUAAAAAGUGUUGCACCCCAGUUUAGUGGAAAUAGCUUAAGAAAAAUUGAUGACGACAAUGUGGAGAAUUUCUUGCUCUUAAAAUUCAAUGAGUAUAGUGGCCAUGUAAAUGAACCGUUUUCCACAGCUAAUGAUGGUUUUGGCAAGGAUAUAGAUACGAAAAAAGAGUUAAAAAGUAUAACUAAAAAUUUAAAUGGCAAAGAAACUCUGAAAGAUAAAAAAAUAACUAACAGAUGCAAAUAUAUGGAGGCCUCAUUGAAAUCCAAUGAACAUACAUAUGUAUAUUUUGACCCCAUUUUUGGUUUAAGAAUACUGGGUCCAAAAAUAUCAAGUGCAUUGUUAUUAGAACGAAUGGCGGGUCGAAAAUUAGUUACAUUCAACGAAUUAUCAAGACAAAUGGACCUAAAAACGGCAUCUGACUGGGUUAUCGCUGCGGUGUUAAUAUCUAAGGAAGUUAAAUGUAGUUCAAAAAAUUUAAGCCGUUUUACAAUUUGGAGGUUAUCGGAUCUUCAAGGAAAUAUGAAAACUAUUUCAGUAUUACUGUUUCAAAAUGCUCACAAUGAAUUGUGGAAGACAUCUCCAGGUACCUGUGUGGCUAUUCUUAACCCAACUUUUAUCGAAAAAAAAUCCUACACGCAAGACAUUGCUAAUCUUUCAAUUGAAACUGCAAAUAAUGUGUUAAUUUUGGGUAAAUCUAAGGAUUUUGGUAUAUGCAAAGCAAAAAAAAUGAAUGGACAACAAUGUACCAAUUUUAUUAAUUUGCAAGACAGUGAUGUUUGUGUUUUUCAUAUUAAAAAGGAGUUUACAAAAGCUCUUGGACCUUUUGCUGCAAAAAAAACUAAGUUUGAUCAAAAAAUUCAGACUGCUUGUAGUAUCACAUCUGGGCAGAUUAGUAACAAAAAACUAUUAUAUAAAGAUAGACUAAUAUUGGAUUCAUUAAGCAACACUAAAAUAACAGAAAAUAAAACGACGAAUGAAUGUACCCUAAAAUCUAAUAUUUCAUCUGUAACUCAAAAAUAUAAAAAUUAUGGAAUUGCUACCAAAGUAGUAGCAGAUGAAAACCAGCGAAAACAGACUUGGAACGCGUUAAAUCACUCUAUAUGACACCGAACUUCGCUAAUAUUUUUUCACAAAAUCAAA